AUGAUGUUCCCGCCAAAUAUCAUCGAGGCAACAUUCAGGACUUACAAGACACGGCAGAUUACAGAGGUUGUCGAAGCGACGAUGAUGCCGAUGAUGACACAGACCACAGACAUGAUGACGGACUCGAUGACCACGGACAUGAUGAAUACCACGGGGAUGAUGAACUCGACAACGAUGACGGGUCCCAUCACCAUCGUGUAUUCGAGUGGGGGUUAUGAGUACAAGUCCAAUAUCCUGGGCCUGGUCGUGUUCUCCUGCGUGUUUGGUGCUGUACUCGGGCGUCUUGGUGAGAAGGGGGUACCCUUCAAGGCCGUGGUCGAGUCCAUCAUGGAAUGCGUCAUGGUCAUCGUCGGCUAUAUCAUCUGGUUAUCCCCCAUUGGAGUAUUCUUCCUGGUCCUUGGUAAGAUCCUCAGUAUGGAUGAUUGGGCCUUGGUCUUCCAACAAAUCGGGAUGUACUCCGCCACUGUCAUCCUGGGUCUUCUCAUCCAUGGGUUUAUUAUUCUACCGCUCCUCUACCUCAUCUUCACCCGGUCCAACCCCUUCACCUUCCUCAAGGGUGUGGCCCCAGCCAUGGUGACGGCCUUUGCCACCGCAUCAAGCUCGGCCACUCUACCCGUAACCAUCACAAGUCUUGAGAACAAUAAUAAGAUUGAUAAAAGAGUCACUCGUUUCGUACUUCCCAUUGGUGCAACCAUUAACAUGGACGGAACAGCCCUCUACGAAGCCGUGGCAGCCAUCUUCAUUGCCCAGGUCAACGACUACAGCCUCGACGCCGUCGACGUCAUCGUCAUCAGUAUCACAGCUACCCUUGCUAGUGUCGGGGCAGCAGGCGUGCCACAAGCCGGUCUCGUAACCUUAGUAAUCGUCCUCAACGCAGUGGGUCUACCAGCCGAUGACAUCACUCUUAUCCUCGUCAUUGAUUGGUUUCUGUAA